AUGGCGGAUCGAGAUGGCUACGGGUCGGCGUCGCAGCCCGCGUCCCCCCGAUUGUCUCGCCGUCCCUUUCCCAUGCGCCGCCAGAACUCGGCAAAUGAGCCUGACGAGCGCUCCCCGCUGCUGCUGAACAAUUCUCGGUCGCGUAUUCGAAUCCACGGCGGGGCAGCCUCACCACGGCCCAAUUUAUCCCGCGAUCAGAGCUACUCGGGAGACAGCAGCCGGGGAACUCGACACCACAGUCGCCGCUCCUCUUGGAGCGCACGCCUCGUCCAUGCCUUCUCCGAGCGGUCCAUGUCAGAGUCCAAGGGCUCCAUCUUCCCCGACGAGCGCGUGUGGUACGAUCAGUUCACGAGCACCGACUGGGUGCACGACACAAUCGCCGAUUCCUACCGCGUGAGGGCACUUCGCAGCAGGAAGGAUUUCUGGGGCAGAGUCUUGACAACCAUCGAUGGUAGCCAGGGAUGGAUUCUCAGUGCCCUCUGUGGCUUCGUCAUCGCCUUGAUAGCGUAUACAGUCGACGCGGCCGAAUCGGUCUUUUUCGACUUCAAGGAUGGGUAUUGUUCGAGAGCGUGGUAUUUUGACGAAAAGAGAUGCUGCCCCGGUGGGCGCACCGAGUGCACAGACUGGAAGACAUGGUCCCAGGCACUGCAUUAUCAUCCGUUCGGGGAGAAGUGGACGGAUUUCCUCAUCUACGUCGCCUGCGUCGUCCUCUUCGCGCUUGCUUCGUGCUGGGUCGCCCUGUGGACAAAGACGGUGGUUCCCUCGGCCUACCGUUUGACAACCCUCGACGAAAACCUGGCUGCCGAGACUCCUCGAGCUGCCGAUGAAGGCCCCGGUGACGAUAGUGCCAGCCCCCGGCAGGUGGUGGAGGGGAAGUCUGAAAACCCGCCCAUGGUCUACUACUCAGCCGCAGGCAGUGGUGUCGCCGAAGUCCGAGUCAUCCUCAGCGGCUUCGUCCUUCACGGAUUCCUUGGUCUGAGAACAUUGAUCUUGAAGAUGCUGUCGCUGAUUCUGAGCGUCUCUUCGGGGCUGAGCAUUGGCAAAGAGGGCCCGUUUGUUCACAUGGCGACUUGCGUUGGCAAUAUCGCAUGUCGUCUAUUUGCAAAGUACGAUCGCAACGAUGCCAAGAGACGAGAGGUCCUCUCGGCUGCCGCGGCCGCGGGCGUGGCUGUUGCAUUUGGAGCUCCCUUGGGGGGUGUCUUGUUUGGUCUGGAAGAAGUGUCGUACUUUUUCCCGGCCAAAACCCUCUUCCGCACUUUCUUUGCCUGCAUCAUCGCCGCGCUGUCCCUCAAAUUCUUGAAUCCCUACGGCACGCACAAGAUUGUCAUGUUCGAGGUCCGUUACCUGGUAGAUUGGGAGUAUUUUGAGCUGGGAUCCUUCAUCUUUGUUGGUAUCGUCGGAGGCGCUAUGGGAGCGCUCUUCAUCAAGGCAUCCAAACACUGGGCACAAACGUUUCGCCGAAUCAAGGUCAUCAAGAAAUACCCCAUGCUGGAGGUGUUCCUCGUCGCGGUUGUGACUGGCCUUAUGAGCUAUUGGAACCCCCUGACCAAGGUCUCUGUCGCAAAGCUGCUCCUCAACUUGGCGUCUCCGUGUGACCGCACCAAGGGCGACGCCCUCGGACUCUGCCCGAGGGUUUCUUGA